CACUUCGCCCGGAGUCAGUCUAGUCUAACGUAGCGCGCUAAAUAACGGAGUGUGUGAUGUGCAGUGGGUGAUUUAUUUAAAAAAAAUACAAUUUACAACGAAUUUUUAACCCUUUGGCCGAGACGAGUUUAACACCCCCUGACAUGGAUUACACGGAGGAUUUCGGCUGUUGACAUUUAUUUAAACCAAAAAAGAAACCGCACAAAGGGCCAUCUCCCCUUGCAAAAAGGUUGUGGAAUGAACGGCACUGCUGCAAGAUGGUGGACGGGGGGUGCAAGCCGCGAGGGACUCCAUUUGGCUUUGAACCGAAGCCUUUCUGAACCUGGUCCUCCGAAGAGGUGUAAACUGGAAACAGCCAGCUUACCCGCCAGCCCGUGUAUAGAAAGCAAGACCCUGCAGCGGUCGUGGGUGCUCAGCACCCUUGGACGCAUAACCCCCGACGUCCUCGCGGAUCGGAUGUCCAAUUCCAUGACUCCCAUUCUGAUCGUCGACGUCCGGCCGUUCAUCGCCUACAACGUAUCGCACAUACGAGGAUCCGUUAAUGUGAGUUGUUCGGACCGCAUUUCGCGAAGAAGGCUGGAACAGGGCAAAGCAACCCUGGCCGACCUCGCGUCCACCGUUAUCGGCAAGGAGAAAAUGAGGCAGAGAAUCCACAAGGAGGUCAUCGUUUACGACGAGAGCACCUCCGAAGUCGACAGAAUUGCCAAUAACCAUCCGCUGUUCCUCGUAAUCACGAGUCUUGUCCAAGACCAACGGUUUCCAGUCCUCUUACUCGGUGGACACAAGGAAUUCGUGAAGCGGCACAGGGAGCAUUGCGACAGUCCUGUUGCGACGACCCCCCUCAUCCAGGAACCGCAGAAUCCAGAUAUCGAGAGCCACCCUCCUUCUAGGGUCCUUCCUUUCCUCUACGUCGGCAACGCGAGGGACGCCCGUGACAUCCAGCUCAUGAAGGACCUCGGCGUUACCAAAGUCCUCAACGUUACCCAGGCUGGGGUCCCGUCGCAAGAAGCGUCUGGAAUCGCUUACAGACAGUUACCAGCCUCGGAUUCCACACAGCAGAACAUCAAACAAUAUUUCGAGGAAGCUUUCUCUUUUAUAGAGGAUGCGAGAAAAAGCAAUGGUUCAGUCCUUGUACAUUGCCAAGCCGGUGUGAGUCGAUCGCCUACAAUAGCCAUUGCGUACAUCAUGAAGCACCGAGGGGUAUCGAUGGUCGAGGCGUACAAGUUGGUCAAAACGGCCAGAUCAAUAAUUUCGCCCAACUUAAACUUCAUGGGCCAACUUCUCGAGUUGGAGCAGUGCCUUAGGUCAGAGGUGAAACCCUGCUGGUCUCAAGCAGCGACUCAGACGCCAGAAGAAGUCACAUCUUCCUGUAGUGUUUAACGCCACACAAUUUUUUUUCUUUUGUUUUAUUCCAGUUUAUUUUCAAGUUUAAUCUAGUCUUUUAAUUUAUUUCUUUUACUAUAUUUUUUUUAGUGUAUUAUAUUGCAAAUUCAGUUUACUUGCAUAAAAGGCUGUGCUGUAAUACCAGAAGUUUUUUUACCAUUUAAUUUUUGAGAUUUUUUACUUCUUUAAUUUUUUGUGUGUAUAUAGAGGACAUUGGAAUAUUGCCAUGAUACUUGUUAGAAAAUACUAUUGUUUUCCUUUUAAUACAUGUACAUUUUACUUUUUUUAAUGUACUGUCCCUAUUAAUUUCUAUUCAGUUGAUAUUUUUGUUCCUUUGUGGGUUUUGGUCUAAAUGGCAAUAUAAGAAGAAGAAAAAAACGUGUAAAUGAUGUAAUUUUUUGUAGAAUUUACUUAAUUAUUAAGUUCAUAUUAAAACCAAAAUGUUUUUGGAUUGUGAAUACUUAUUUUUCAAAUGUUAAUUUAUUUAUACUCUCAAAGGGAGAACAGAAAAAGAAAUAUAAGAAAGAAUAUUUUUUAUUGUAUUGUGUUGAGAAAUGAAAAACCAAGUGCCUUGAAAUAAUUAUAUCAAGUAUAAAAACAAAAAAAGGCUAUAUAUCGAUAUAAAACAGACAUAUGUGUAUAAGUACACACAUAUAUGUUGUAAUAUGUGUAUAUAUAUUUUUGAAUUAAUGUAGAAUUGUCAAGUUCUCCUUUAUUUAGUAUUGGUAUUUUAAAAUAUUAGUACCCAACAAAGUUGAA